AUGCAGGGAGCAGAGCUGCUAGAGCUCUCCCUUCAAGUCGAACGAUGGAAAGGCGAAGUGAUUAGACAGACCUCUCUGGAUCAAGAGCAGCUUCAGGCAAAUUCACGCAAGCGUGACAGCCGUUCUAUGAGUUUGCGAUCAUCGGUGAAGCGACAACGUCUUGACAACCUUUCCGCAAACAUCCAGAGGCCUCCACCUGCCCACCUUCCCCAGGACCCUGACCUACAAAAAGGACGUAUUGAAAAAGCCAAAAUCAUGUACGACCCUAAGACCCCUUCUCAAGGACCCGCAAAAGGCUCGGGCGGUCAGAGCGCGAGAAGAGAUCAGCACUUGCACGAAACAGAUGGUCAUAGCAAGCAAUACAUAGGAGGGCGUGUGUAUGAGAUUAGAUCGCGUCAAGACCCGACUCGCCAGAGUGGUAGCAGCAACCAGCCUGCGCAGGUCACAUCAAAUGCCAGUGAGCAAAGUGAACUAGGAGCAAGGCAGCUACGCCCGAGGCCUCCUCAUGCUGGUCAAGUGAACCUACUAGACCAAGCGACACAAGAGACAGGGAAUCGAGGUCGGCAGAAUAUACCGAGGGGGGUGCAAGGCCCGCAUGAGAAAGAGACUAGAUACACAAGACAAGAAUCUAGGGAGAGCGGUGCACAACCCGCAGCACCCCACGGGCAUGGUCUACAAAAGACCCAGCCGUUCCGCAGCAAGCAGCAUGAAUCAAGUCCUUAUUAUACCACGGAGCCGAAUCAGCAAAGCGGCUUUGGAAGGGGAAACAUGCAACGCUCUCCUUAUGCGACCGGUCAGCCCGUACAUGGUAGAGUAGGACCGGAUGAUCUAGCCACAGCAGAACACCAACCAUGUGGCCAAAAAAGUUCAUAUCAACAACAUUCAUACGAACGUGCAUUCGACGACGGAGAGCUUGGAGACGACAAUGAGGAACCUUCUCUUGGUGAGGAUGAUGCCGAAUUCCACCCGGGUGCAAGUCCCGCCAAAUCAGUCCAAUCAGGGAGAUCAAGACCCAAUAAUCAGACCAAGUUAUCCCAUCAAGCAGCUUUUACGCCAGCGGAGAAUUUUCAGGCCACUGACAAGGGAUCAGCCAGGCCAGGACGUUCUCCCAAACGAAGCACUGGUCAGAAUAUGGCCAAACCCUUUGACAUCGCACACCUGAGCAUGCAACACUUGGCACGGUGCAAUCCCCCAGUUCGAUUAUGCAGCUAUGCUGAAGCACGUCGGCGUACUAAGCUUCCCGAUGCUGUUGAGGAACUGUGGAACCAUCUCGACUCCGUUCCGAAGAAUGCCAUACCUCACGAAACGAGAAGUUCAUAUCGCAAUGACGAAAAGAUGACUCCUCGGAGGAGUAGAAAGGCCCCUAAUGAUCAUGAGUUCUCCAGCGCAACCCAACCUUUCAGGCUCUCGGACCAUGCCCUUCUAGACUUCAAAAAGGAGAUAGACUCUAUUCUGACCGAGGCACGCUGGAACGAAUUCUGUCAGGCCCACGAACGCCAGUGGGGCAACGUUGCCUCCCGCUUCCUCAACACGAUCAUCAGGCUACCACACGUUUAUCCCUGCCGACUUCUAAAUAUCGAAAAUUGUUCCAUCAACCCUGUUCAAAUGAGACCGACCCUGAACGAAGGCAAGGGCGGCACCAAACCGCUAAUCCACGAUGUGAAAAGCAACGAGGUCAGCGAGACCCCAGCCGAGCGCGAGGAACGUGCAUUGUCGAAGAUGAUAGACUGGGGCGUGGCGUUAGCGCUUGAGGACGACGACCUUAAGUCUGUUGAGCUCUGCUUUGGCGAAUAUGAAUACCACUUAGAAUGCACACUCACACAAUGCACGACAUAUAUCGAUAAAUGCCCCAUCUUCAUCGAUAUCGAGAUGAAGAAGGCCAGCGUUCCGGAUCCCAAAAUCCAGCUAGCGGUAUGGAAGCAAGCUGCGCUCAAGAAGCGUCAGCAUCAUGGCUGGGAUACCAAGGUUCCAAUGCCAGGUAUCACGGUCGAAAAGCACGAGUGGAACUGCUAUCUCUUCUUUAAGUCUCAAAACAACCUGAUCAUGCUUGGGCCGCAGAAGCUCGGAGGCACCAACGACCGCGGCUCCAUCUGGGAGCUCGCCCGCAAGCUCAACAUUCUGAUCGACUGGGGCACCAAAGAAUACAGAAGCUGGCUUUACACCAGUGUGCUUAACCAACCAGAGCGAGGCAAGCAAGCCGCCCGUGCGAGUCGGCCGCCGUUGCCGAAACGGCUGCCUCUGAUAGGGGAAAUUAGGGGUUACGAUUGGGAGAGGGAGGGGGAGGGGGCGUGUUGGACAGGGUGUAAUAAACCCUCACUUAAAGACAAGAAGUAA